CACAACAGAAAUAAAUAUAAUAUCCAGUUUAUCUUUGCAACGCAGAACUAGGACGGUAUAAUCACAUGAGAUGUGCUUGCUGAACAACAAGCAGAGGAUGCUUGCAGAGUUGAUCUUGCCCUCCAAAACUUCUAGCAUGCAUGCCAGCUCCAGCCAAUUGCCAACACGUACCAUCACUAAUACUCCAGGAGUAUUAUAGCAUGGCAAGGUCCAGCACUAGAGUAAGCUGCCUUGCCGAUUCCUGAUGCCAACAUGAGAAACAAGCAGACAGCAAGGCAGCUUGCAUUGCCAGGCUGCGGGCGAAGCAAGUCAAACCGUUCCUUCCGCCGAAGCCACGUCUCUCCCUGGUUUCGUUGCACGCUCAUCGAUAUCAUGAUCUAGAUCUCAACAUAAACAACACACUCGUGCAGGCGAGUUGCUACUAAUAACUGGGACAUGGCACUAUGAAAGCUUCAUCAGGCCACCUUCAGAUAUUCCUCUUGCUCUGGGUGAGCAUACAGAAAGCAUCAACCUGCCGUGGAGAUCAGAGGCUAUGUCGCAACGGCACAGCGCUUCAUUGUCAGCGAAAUUCUUCUUGUCGGUAGGUUCAGCCACGACAUAGCUUCAGCUUCUUUGGUUAUAUAUACCGGCAAGCCAUAGCCUCCUCGACACCAUUGCAGCUAAGUUUCUCUCCAGUAUUCUCGCCAUCCCCAGUUCCAGCCAUGGCUUCCAUUCUCAGAUCUGAAAGUUUGCCUUCCAGCCUUCGCUCUGACAAAAUUGACGUCGAAGAACAACUGCGGAGCCUCAGGGCAACCAUCUCUUCCGCUACCAUUGAGACAAUGGUCGAUGGUGUCAUGAGGCUUGGAGGAGUGUACAACGACAUCGAGGAGAUGAUGUGCUCACCAAGUGGCCAACUCAGCCUUUGCCGGCCACAACAGAGGAAAGCGGUGGAGCAAGAGCUUGAGAAGUCCCUCAUCUUGCUUGACCUCUGCAACGCCAUCCAAGAGAACAUUUUUGAGCUCAAGACAAGCAUCCAGGAGAUGCAGCUGGUCAUCAAGAGAGGAGAUGACUCCGCUCUUCAAGCCAAGAUCCAGUCUUACAUCCGCUUGGCUAAGAAGGCGCAAAAACAGUUCAAGAAGAUCAGCAAGAAGCCUACUACAGUUGACCAGGAAAGCUGCAGGGUGAUCAAGCAGUUGGCUGAAGCCAGAGAGAUUGCAAUCUCCAUGCUUGAAUCCUUGCCGUAUCUCCUGUCAAAGCAAAUUGCGACGCCAAGCUCUAGCAGAUGGUCCCUUGUCUCCAAGAGAAGAGUAACAUGCGAGGAGGACCAAUUGCAGGAGAUGGAGUUGGUCAUUAUCGAUCUUGAGAGCGGAAUUGAGACUUUGUUCAGGAAAUUGAUCCAGAGCAGAGUUUCUCUCCUCAACACUCUCAGUUUGUAGAUAGAUCGUGCAUCAACCCUGACCCUUGAGAUUGGCAUCCGCCUUUUAGAGGAUCUGCUGAUCAUCAUACAAUUUUGUACUGUACUAGUAGAUGAGCAACUGUACAGAAAAUUACUGAAAAGAAAGUCACAGUUUUUGGUCAA